AUGACUGAAACAAAAAUUGGUGUGCCGAUAUUUGAACAAGAAAAAAGUGUGUCAUUAUAUUGCCGAUUUUAUUUACGUGUGGUCUUUCAUAUUGUGUCGGUGAUCAUAUUCUGGUUUGUGAUUGGUUAUGCUGUAUACAUUUUUCACCAGCUCAUCACCGAAGCCGUGGAGGUUGAAGAUCCUCAAGUUUGGACUUUAAAAUGGCUUACACCAUGCUAUGUUACCAACUGGAAUUUUUUGUGCCAGACAUGUUUUCUAACCAUGUCUUUGGCUUACGACCUUCUGGAGUGGAUAGACCGUCACGAAUCAUACGUUGCCAAGUUGCUGAAGUACUACAGAGAUCUCCUCUUCUCCGGGAUCGUUGUUCCUUUGACCCUGUUUAUAUCCUCAAUGUUCUGGAUCCUGUACUGGAUCGACCGUGAGCUCGUCUUCCCCCGAGUUUAUGACCAGAUCUUGCCUUGGUGGUUCAACCAUUGCGUUCACACUAAUAUCCUGAUAGUCAUUGGUCUGGAGACCCUGCUUCAAGCUAGAAGAUACCCUGCAAAUCGGAAGGUGGAACUAUGGCUGAAUGGCUUCAUCGGGAUUGCUUAUGCCAUAGUAUACUAUAGCAUAUUUUUCAUCAAAAACCGUUGGUUGUACGGCGUCUUUGGCAUCAUGACCUGGUGGCAAGUUUGCCUAUUCCAAAUCUUGAUAUGGGCUUCCACCUUUAUCUUCUACUUCAUCCAGUUCCCCAUCAACAGACUGUUCCACAAGGAAGAGGUACCUAAAAGCCCAGAACAGAAGACUGUCAUUCAAAAUAUGGAAGAGAAAACUGAUGCGAAAUCUAUGGUGCCAGAUUCUUGGAGUUUAAAAUUUAGACCGAAGACGUUGAUUGAGAAUUCUUUCUUGUGA